UUUUGAUUGGUUUACAUCGAACUAAAAACAUUACGUCAUCUCUAUGCGACUGUCGCGAGUAGGUGGAAAGAUGGCGCCUUCCCCAACAAAGAGGAAGGAGGAUGACAAGAGUAAACAGCGAGUUAAGGAGAAGUCAGGCACCACAAAAGAAGGAGCUGACAAAGACCGGGGCCGAGAGAAAAAACGCACACGGCGCAGCGCGUCCAGUCGGAGCAGCAGGUCCAGCUCCAGCAGCAGCUCCGGCUCCAGCUCGUCCAGCGGCUCCAGCUCCUCGGCCUCCAGCCACUCGGGCUCCUCCAGCCCCCGCUCCUCUUCCUCCUCCUCAUCCUCCUCACCCAGCCCCAGCCGCCAGCGCCACAACAACAGACGACGCUCGCGCUCAAAGUCAAAAUCAGCAAAGAAGGAUGACCGGGACCGACGGCGUAGGAGCCCCACACCCAAACCCACCAAGGUCUACCUGGGCCGGCUGACCAGAAAUGUUAUCAAGGAACACAUCCAGGAGAUCUUCUCCACUUAUGGCAAGAUCAAAAUGAUUGACAUGCCCAUUAACCGUGUGCACCCUAACCUGUCCAAAGGCUACGCCUAUGUGGAGUUUGAGACCCCCGAGGAGGCGGAGAAAGCCCUGAAACACAUGGACGGAGGUCAGAUCGACGGUCAGGAGAUCACAGUCACAGCUGUGCUGUCUCCGACAGUGCGCCCUCCCCCCCGCCGGCUGUCCCCUCCCCGCAGGAUGCCUCCCCCUCCACCAAUGUGGCGACGCACUCCGCCUCGAAUGAGGAGAAGGUCUCGGUCUCCACGGCGCCGCUCUCCAGUACGCCGCAGGUCUCGAUCCCCCGGCCGCCGCCGGCACCGGUCACGCUCUAGCUCCAACUCCUCCCGCUAGGGAAAAAGGACUCCCCUUCCCCUUCCUUCGUCCCCUCUGGAUCUGCUCUGCUGCUGUGUUAUCUAUUGAUCAGUGUGACCAAACCUUCCAGUAAAUCAUGAGCCAUUUUAGUGAUGACAGCAUAGACACCAAAUCAUAACUGUAUGCCUGAGUAAAUGGUUUUAGCCAAAAAACAGGUGAAAGGAAAUGCACUUUCCUGUUUUACAGGCACCCAGCGUCACAUAUUGACGUCAUGUAACUCCUGGAAUCCCCCAGGCGCGUCUGCGCUGUGUUCAGGUGGCGCCGCCGCCAAUCGCGGCCACUCAAAACAAUGCUUGUGAUUCCACCAGCCGCGCGUCCCAGAAGCGGCUCUCCGCUGCGCUACAAAUACGCACCUGGGCUGUCUUUGACGGAGCCUCAGGGCGUUGCAAAGGCCGGGCAGGAAGUAGAAGGGCUAGAGCAUCCGGUCAAUUUUCAGAAUAAACAGCCUAUGCGGACUCCUGAUCGUACAUCACAUCACUGCACCGUUUUGACAACUAAAACACAGCCACAAAUGUUUGAUCUGCGUCGUUCUGAACUGGACUACGUUUAACUAUGUAGACUACUUGCUUUUAUGGCAGAAGCACAAAUCUUCAGCAAAAAUGAC